GCAGGUUGGGCCGGCCGGUAAACAGUAGACGGGAAGAGUUGUGUAGUGAAGACGGUGAGAGGACAGACAACAUGGCUGCGAGGCUCCUGGUACUUCUGGCCCUCCUGGCCGUCACCCUCGCCGACGAUGUCAUGCAGUUCGGUGAUGCUGACUUCGACAGCAAAGUUGGGAGUUACGACACCGUGCUGGUGAUGUUCUACGCCCCGUGGUGUGGACAUUGCAAGAGGUUGAAGCCAGAGUUUGAGAAGGCAGCAUCGUCCCUAAAGUUGAAUGAUCCCCCUGUGAUAUUAGCAAAGGUUGACUGUACCGAAGAUGGGAAAGAUACAUGUGGCAAAUAUGGAGUUUCAGGAUAUCCAACCUUAAAGAUUUUCAAGGGUGGAGAUCUUUCGACAGACUACAAUGGACCUAGAGAAGCUAAUGGCAUCGUCAAGUACAUGAGAUCACAAGUUGGCCCGGCAUCCAAAGAACUGACUUCCAUUGAAGUAGCAGAGGCCUUCCUUGCUGCCCCUGAUGUUAGUGUAGUGUACUUCGGAGAAGAUUCCAAACUAAAAGAGGCAUUCCUCAAGGCUGCAGAUAAACUACGGGAAACUGUUCGUUUUGCACACUCGGUAAAGGCAGAGGUAAAUGAGAAGUAUGGGCACAAUAAUGUGGUGGUGCUCUUCAGACCAAAACAUAUGGAAAACAAGUUUGAGCCUGCCUCUGUUGUUUAUGAAGGGCCUAUUGACAAAUCUGCAAUUGAAGCUUUUGUGAAAGAACACUUCCAUGGUCUGGUGGGUCACCGCACUCAAGAUACUGCCACAGACUUUGUUAAUCCACUUGUGGUUGCAUAUUUCAACGUAGAUUAUGUGAAGAAUGUGAAGGGAACCAAUUACUGGCGUAACCGCAUUCUGAAGGUUGCACAGAACUUCAAGGAAUUUAACUUUGCUGUGGCAAAUAAGGAUGACUUUCAGCAUGAACUUAAUGAGUUUGGCCUUGACUUUGUUCCUGGAGACAAGCCUGUAAUUUGUGCUAGAAAUGCGAAGUCUCAAAAGUUUGUUAUGAAAGAAGAGUUCUCGAUGGACACUUUUGAAGCAUUCCUCAACAAACUGAAGUCUGAUGAACUGGAACCUUAUCUGAAGUCAGAGGCUGUCCCUGUACAAGAUGGCCCAGUCACUAUUGCAGUUGGCAAGAACUUUGAUGAAGUAGUAACAAAUUCUGACAAAGAUGUGCUUAUAGAGUUCUAUGCACCUUGGUGUGGACAUUGUAAGAAGCUGGCACCCACAUACGAUGAACUUGGAGAAGCGAUGAAAAAUGAAGACGUAGACAUCGUUAAAAUGGAUGCCACAGCAAAUGAUGUACCAUCUUCAUUUAAUGUGAGAGGGUUCCCUACAUUGUACUGGAAACCGAAAGGUGGAGAACCUGUCGUAUUCAAUGGUGGCCGGGAGCUGGACGAGUUCAUCAAAUACAUAGCAAGAGAAGCUACAAAUGAACUCAAAGGUUGGGAUCGUAAAGGAAAUGCAAAGAAAACGGAACUGUGAGAUCCAUAGAACCCCGUUUACCUGCAGAGGCUUUAGGGCUUCAGAAACGUUAAUUGGUGCGAGUUAAGUGUAAAAGUACAUAAUUAAAUUAUGUAGGAAAAUCAACUACGAUCUUUUGUUUAAAAAAGUAUUAGUGCUUUUUUUUUCAUCUAAAUACCCAGUAUUUAUGAACUAGACAAAAAAGUGAAGAUAUGGUGCUUGUAUGCGGUGAGAAAUUGAAAGAUGUGAAAGUGAGUUUGUGACGAAUGUUAAACUAUUGCUCUAGUUUGAAUGCUAUGCACUGAAACUGAUGGCAUUAAAUUCUUCCUAAAAUCAUUCCUUCUCUUGCCCUAAACAUGGGUGCACAAGUUUGAUAUAAUGCAUUCAGUUUACUUAAUAAAUUUUAUAGUAA